AUGGCGACGUCUCGCGUGCUCCGUUUCGACCCUGAGGGGCGUGCGAUCGACUUUAGUACCUGGCUGACGCAGGCCCAGCGCCACCUUAGGAGCCAGCGCCAGGAUGGCGUGCACCUGUUUGCGCAUGCGUCCGGUGCUCUGCCCGCCCCGCCGCAGCCUUCACCGCUGCCCACUACCCCACCGCCUACUUCCGAGCAGGAGGCUGAGUACCAGCGCCGGUUCCUCGCUCGUGACGUGUGGGAGUCUCGUGACGCUGCUGCCUGCCUCGCCCUGACCGACCUUCUCCCGCCGACUGAGGCUGUCCACUUCACUCAGGUCGAGUCUGCUGCAGACCUUUGCACUGCUAUUGUUGCUCGCUACUCCACUCCCUCCUCUGCCUCCCUCAGCCGCCUCCUCGUCCCCUUUAUCUACCCUAACCUCGCCUCCUUUGAGACUGUCGCUGACCUCGCUACCCACCUGCGCUCCCUUGAAGCUCGCUUCAAGGCCGCUUGCACUGAGGAACAGCUUGCCCUUGCACCCCCUCCCAUGUGGCUCACUAUUCACUGGUUAGUCACUCGCCUCCCUGACCCUUCCCACCUUCACUGCCUCGCUUGCCACUGCCGCGUCUUCUGCCCCUAA